AUGGUGUCGGCUCUGAAGUGUGCUGCCUUUAACCUGAUUUGGGCUAAAAUUAACGCAGUCAAAUCAACUCCAGCUGAGGCGGAAUUAAAGCGUCUGAAGAAGGAGUUGCGCUCGUUCUGCAAAGUGUGUGAGACGUGUCUGUCUCUGAACCGGACGGAGAUCAGAGAUCAGGCGUUCGAGCUGCUGUGCGACCUGCUGCUCCUGUACAGUCAGGAUUCGGUCCGCUCGACGCCCGCCCUCCAGACGCUGGUCCUCCUGCCCUCAGACUCCAUGCGCUCUGAGAUGGCUGCUUUCCUCGUGGACUACGUCUUCUCUGACUCUGAUGAUGACGAGCUCAAUGUUGAGGAAGAGAUGAAGAUAACGCUUCUCCAGAGGAAGCGCAACCAGCUGGCUGGCUACUGUAAGCUGGUGAUCUACGGCGUGCUGGACCUCAACGCCGCCACCGAAGUCUUCAAGCACUACAGCAAGUACUUUAAAGACUUUGGCGACAUCAUUAAAGAGACCGUAAGCAAGAGCAAACUCAUCAGCCCCGUCCAGAGCGCCAAGACGGUCUGCCUCAGUCUGCAGCAGCUGUUCUCGGAGAUGCUGACGGAGGACCACAGCCAGCAGGAUCUCAGUGAGAUUAGAGAAUUGGCCAAGAAGCUUGCCAUGAGCUUUGGCGUUGAUCUUCACCGCGUCCGCAAACCACUGGUGGCCUUGCACAUGGAUGGCAUGCAUUUUGCAUUCCGGGAGCCACGUGAGGGGGAAGAGCCGAACAUGAACUUGGCCUUCCUGGAGAUCCUCAGCGAGUUCAGUUUCAAGCUGCUGCGUCAGGACCGCACCCAGCUCGCUGCCUAUCUGAAAUCAGAGUGUCCCUCUGCUGCCCUCUCCUGGCCGUCCGUCAGGAUGUAUCAGUGCUCCUUAGAGGGCCGCUCCUCCUCUAAACCCAGAGAGAAGGAGGGAGGAGAUGCCGCCUCCUCUCACGAUACACCUGCAGCUAAACGCAAGAGGACCACUACCCCGGGUGAGAUGGACACACAGGCUAGAAACACAACAAGCUGCUCAAGGAUUCACAGCUCGUGUUAA